AUGUCCCGCCCGAGAUUGCUACGUAAAGCCAACGUCGCCGCAACCGCCAAGAUGCAUGCUCUCGCCGCGCAGGGUGCACUCGAUGACUCGGAUGCACCGUCCCCUACAUCCUCCGUCAUUUCCCUCAGCUCUCCAGCACGCAAAACCCGGUCAUCCAACGCGACCAAGAAGUCGAAGAAGGCCGCCACUGGUACACGUACGAAACGAAACGAUACAGGCCGCUCCAAAACUGGAUGCUGGACGUGCCGCGUCCGCAGAAAGAAAUGCGGAGGACAUUCAACGGACGAUCCUGAUUCGGAAUGCAUCGAUUGCGUGCGACUUCACAUCCAGUGCCUGGGUUGGGGAGACAAGCGUCCCGCGUGGCUGAGGCAACCUGGGGCCAGUGUCCUCGAGCGUAAGAAGAUAAAGCAAGACCUCCUUACUCGAGGCAGAGUCAAAGGUCAAAAGAGGGAAGAAGAAGAUAUAAAGCCCAAGAUCGACCGACGCACUGCCUCGCCGCCCGUCCUUGUUUCCCCUCCCAAGCUCGCGCUCAACGACGAGGAGUUCGAGCUUGUCUCGGACGACGAAGAAAGCGACGACCUGGGCUUCAUGAAUGAACCCUCCAGCACUCCUGCCAGCACUCAGCACUCCGAAAGGGACAGUUCUCCUUUCGACGACGACCUCCCCGACUUCGACGAGCCUGCGGAAGAAGCCCCGAUGCCUGUCCUGGUGAAAGACGACGUGGCCGCAAAUAACGACCUCACAUUCCGUGGCCCGGAGGAAGAAACACUGCCUAUUGAAUUUUCGCAGCCCGGUUGGGGAACCUCGUGGGACAUUCAACGCGACUUUACUGGCAUGUAUCCGGGGCUUGGAAUUCAUUAUCCCAACAUGUACCCCAGCAUUCCCCUGGACCACAUUCAGCCCUCAGCCCAGUUAGAUCUGAUAACAUCUGAAGAGUUUGACCCUUCAGUGUUCAAUGACAUGUCAUUGGAUCUCAGCGGCUGGGCUCCGGACAUGCAAUUCGACCAGGAGCUGUCUUCGGACCAGUCGAGCCCUAUCGGACCAAUGCAAGAUGCUUUCGUCAACCUGCAUACCAUGGAUGGCCCACUUUCUCCUGGGACAGCGUCCACGCCCGACACCUACGUUAUGCCAGAGGUUAUCACUCCGGCCAGCACUUGUGCUCCUCUCUCGCCCUACUACGACUUCAACCCACCGAUGCCGCUUCCGAUCACGCCUGUCUCACCUGUCAACCAGGUUUCUCAGUUCAGCCCCCAGGAGGUCCAGUGUUUUCGGUACUAUUUGACCCGGGUCCUCCCCCUUCAGCACGUCCUCAGUUCUGACCAACACAAGCAGGAAGUGGUGCGCGAGCUCGUCCAGCGCUUUCCCCGCUCUUCAACAACGAUGCUCUGCCUCGCGUUGGUGCAUCAGCUGCAUCAACUGAACAAGGACAAGACUGUUCCGGUAUCUACGCGCGAGCAAAUCUUGCACCAACGCAAUGUAUACUGGUAUGCAGCGAAAGAGCAGCUGUUCUCUUCCCCUCAGCUCACCCUCGAGCGGGCUGUUCUCGCGGUCCACAUGCUGGAUUGCUCACUGUUCACCGCUUGUCAGCCGAACAUCGAAUACUUCCGCUACCGCUCCAUCCUCCGCGCGUUCUGCCUACAGAUCAACGUCGACGGCAAUGCCCACUCCCUUGUUGCAUUGAUGGCGCGGGACCGGAUCAUGGACUACGUUGUCAAGUCGGCAUUCUGGAUGGAUGUCGUCGGUGCCAUUUCGAAGAAAUCGAGACCAAUGUAUCUUGAUUAUUUCCAGGCUCUGUCUAAAGGUCCCAGGCACCAGAUGCCCUUUGACAUGAGUGAGAUGGUCGGCUGCGACACCGAGAUCAUGUUCGCUUUCGCCGAAAUCGCCGAGCUCGAGGUGCGCAAGAUGAAGCACCACGCUUCCAUGAGCUUGCAAACGCUUUGCCGUGAUGCCUCCCGCAUCGAGGCCCAGAUCAAGCCGGGCCGGUACACAGUUGUGCCCAGCGUUCCCUUGCUCUUCCCCCAUCCAGCUCACGAGACGCACAAUCCCUUCUCAGCUGGGUACCCCAUCCCUCCCACCGGUAUAAUCCAGACACCACUGCAGCAGUACAUGGCCCAGACAAUGGAAUCCAAGGACACCCAGCUUCGUCGCCUCGUCUCCGACGCCUUCCGUGGAGCCGCUUCUGCCUAUCUCUGGGCGGUCGUCAACGGCUGGCGCCCACGCGUGGAUGAGAUCCGGACAGCCGUCGCAGAGACUAUCAAUGCUCUGCGCGACAUCUCCAGUACGCAUGAGCAUCCUGUUGACCGCGCACUCGUCUUGCCGUUCUUCAUGGCGGGUGUGCUCACCGAGGACCCAUCACAACAAGAUUUCAUUCGUGGGAGGAUGAACAACGUCCUGGACCGCGAAUGCGGCACGUUCACCAAGCUGCUUGAAGUUCUGGAAGAGGUCUGGCACCGCCGGUCGCAAUGCCGUGGCCACGAAGUAUGCUUCAGAGAAGUGAUGAGGGACAUCAACACCGAGUGUAUCAUGCUUGCUUAGGAGGAGCACGGAAGUGGAGUGGAUGGCGGGAAGGAAGGUCCAUUGGUUGGGGCAUUGUAUCCUGUUAUGUCUCUGUUUUCUUGUUUUGGGUCUCGUGUUUUCAUCUGUCGGUUUCCAGAUCUUGGCUUCACUCUAUCCUACAUUUCGAAUGCGCAAUUGGUACGUCAUUUUUCUACAACCCACAAAAACAUAUUCCUGUUCAUACGUUACCCUUCUUCGUGAUUUUUCUUCUUGUCACUGUACGGACUUA